UACAGCUGCUGUGUGUCUGGUGUGUGGGAGCAGACGCGGGGCGAGGAAGUCCGAAACCUGCAGCUGUCAGGAGCGCAGGAUGGCCAUGGAUAAAGCCGAAAACCCGCCGCUGUAGGAGCGAUCGGGCCACCCCCGAGCCGAAAAACAGGCAGAUAAAGUUUAUACUUCCCCUCUGUUGCAGAGACCGAGUCGGCAGAGGGCUCACUCCGGUCCCUCCCUGUUAGAAGAAAUGUGGCUAAACCCCGAUGAAGUUCUGCUCAAAAAUGUGCUGAAACUCUGGGUGACCGAGAGGAGCAACGACUUCUUCCUGCUGCAGAGGAGGAGAGGCCACGGCGAGUCCAACAGCAGGAUCACAGGGCUCCUGGUGGGGGCGCUUGACAAUGUUCUGGACUCCACUGCCAGGGUCACUCCCUUUCGCAUCCUCCUCCAAGUUCCCGGCUCCCAGGUCAGCUGGAUCAUUGCCAGUGGAGCUGCCAUAGAAGAGGUGAACAAGCACUGGGACUGGCUGCUCCACAACCUGCUUCACUCUCUGUCUGUGUUUGAGAACAAGGAGGAUGUUGCCAGCUUCGUCAAAGGAAAAGUCAAGGGCCUUAUCGCCGAGGAGGUUCAGGGACGCCAGGUGGCCCAGGAGGAUGACCCGGGGAAGUUCAGGGAGGCGCUCCGGAAGUUUGAGGUUCACUUUGGCCUCCCCUCGUCAGAGAAACUGGUGACGUAUUACUCCUGCUGCUGCUGGAAGGGCCGGGUGCCUCGGCAGGGCUUUCUCUACCUCAGCAUCAACCACAUGGCCUUCUACUCCUUCCUGCUGGGGAAGGAAGUCAAGUUUGUGAUUCCCUGGGCAGAGGUAACACGGUUGGAGCGGGUCUCCACCGCUUUAAUGCCGGAGGCAAUUCGGGUCACCACACGGCAGCGGCAAAGGGAGUUCUCCAUGUUCUUGAACCUGGACGAGGCAUUCGGAGUCAUAGGUCAGCUGGCUGACAUUGCCCUGAGGCGGCUGCUGGACAGCAAAGGCCUAGAGCUGGACCGAGUGCUGCAGCAGCCCGCACGCAUCACCAAAAGGAUCCUAGAGGAGCAGGCUAUUAGGGAAUAUGUUCUGGCUCUGUUUCGACUCCCACGGAGUGAAAACCUCUAUGAGGUGGCCUCCUGUUCAGUUUGGACACCACACGCCCGCUGCCACACAGCCGGGACUCUCUACACCACCGACAGUUAUCUGUGUUUCUCCAGCCGAGAGGAAGGCAACCUCAUCCUGCUCAUACCCCUCUCAGAGGUUUUGUCCAUAGAGAAAGCAGACAGCACCAGCGCGCUGCCCAACCCUGUCAUAGUGAGUAUUCGGACUAAAAAGGCCUUCCAGCUGAUUGAGCUGAACGACAGAGACGAGCUGGUUGAGAACAUGAACUCCAGACUUCGAGCGCUGCAGUGGAAACGGUCCAUGUUCCGCAGCAGGAAAGAGGGCAAGAGGAGCGUGAGCUCCCCAACACCUUACUACACCUUCUAUUAUGACACUGGGUACUCUGAUGAAGAAGAGAUAGAGGAGCAUGUCCUGCGCAACACUGUCAACAGUGAAGCUCUCAUGACGGCCUUCCACCAAAAUCAACCAGGAACCAACGGCAACAAGAGCACGAAUCAGGUGAAGGAGCGGCUGUGGGAGGAUCAUUUCUCUGAGUUCGGACGUGGCGUCCACAUGUUUCGCACAGAGAAGAUCCAAAAGCUUGUGGCCAUGGGGAUACCAGAGUCACUGCGAGGGGAGCUGUGGAUGAUAUUUUCAGAUGCAUCCUCUGACCUAGGGUCCCAUGAGGGCUACUACGCCAGCUUGGUGCAGAAAUCAAUGGGCCAUAACAACCUGGCCACAGAGGAGAUCGAACGGGACCUGCACCGCUCACUGCCAGACCAUCCCGCUUUCCAAAACCCAACGGGCAUUGCUGCACUCAGGCGCGUCCUCACUGCGUAUGCUCACCGCAACCCAAAGAUCGGAUACUGUCAGUCUAUGAACAUCCUGGCAUCGGUGCUGCUGCUGUAUGCUAAAGAGGAAGAUGCCUUCUGGCUGCUGGUGGCCGUGUGUGAAAGAAUGCUGCCCGACUACUUCAAUCGCAGGGUCAUAGGCGCUCAGGUGGACCAGUCUGUGUUCGAGGAGCUCAUCAGGGAGCGUCUGCCAGAGCUGGCUGAACAGAUUCCAGACCUUUCCACCCUCUCCUCUGUGUCCCUGUCUUGGUUCCUCACCCUGUUCCUGAGCGUCCUGCCGUUCCACAGCGCCGUCUGCGUGGUCGACUGCUUCUUCUUCCACGGAAUCAAAGCCAUCUUCCAGCUUGGUCUGGCUGUGCUGGAGGCCAAUGCUGCGGAGCUUUCGUCCAGCACAGAUGACGGGCAGGCGCUUAUGAUUCUCACAGGUUUUCUGGACCAGGUUGGAAAUGUAGAGUGCCCCGGUUUUCCGUCCUCCUCGCCUGCUGCAGAGGAAACUAGCUGCAGUGUCGCUAAGAGGCACACAAACAUCACUGACCUCAUCAAUGACUCCUAUAUCAAAUUCGGAGACCUGACAGUGCGGCAGAUUGAGCAGCUCCGCUGUCGGCACAGAAUCCAGGUGCUCCAGGCACACGAAGACACCACCAAAGAAAAUGCGUUGAGACUGGUGUCGCCAGAUGUUUCCAUCCCUGCAGAGAACUUGGCCGACAUCUACGAUCUCUUCAAGACGGAGCACUUCAUCACUCUGUACUGGGGGGACAGCAGCGCGGCGGCGGCGGCAGAGGCAGCAGCGUGGCACUACUGUGACUCGAAUCGCUCCUUUAUAGAACGGCAGUAUCGGCUGGACCGACCUCAGUUUAAAAGCCUGUACGGGCUGCUGGUGCCGUGGCCCGAUGUCUCCAACCAGCACACCGACACGCUGGCCAACCGUACCUUCACCCUCCUGGACCAGGACUGCGACAACCUGGUCACCUUUAGAGACUUUGCCAGCUGGCUGGACACGCUGUACUUUGGGGAGCUGAAUGAGAAAAUAAGGCUGCUUUACUGCCUUCACAUCCCUCCAGCUCUGACAGAAACUGAAGAUGACCCCUCGGUUGUGAAGAGCCCCCUGCUGUCCACAAACAGACCUCUCUAUGUUAAUCUGCCCCCUCGUGAUGAAAGUGAAGUGACAGAUUACCAGGAUCAGCUGAAGCAGAUGCUCCAGGAUCUGGCCACAGAGAAGGAGAAAGAUGUGGAGAAGCCUCUGCCUCUCAUGAACCAGUCGGAGUUCAUCCAGUUCUGUAAAACGCUCUACAGCAUGUUCCACCCGGAGGAGAACGAGCUCUUCCAGGCUAUCGCCACAGUCACCAGUCUCGUGCUGCAGAUCGGCGAGGUCGGCCAUCGCGGUAAAAUCGCCGGAUCAGAGGCCAACAGCCAGGAGGGCUCGACGGCGGCGGGCGGGGUCGACGCCCGCAGAGGCAGCAGGAGUUCGGCGACAGCGGACAACGAGUGGACGGUGAGCUACGCUCAGAUCCUGGCCUCACUGCUCACGGAGCAGGCGCUGGUGAACUUCUUCGAGAAGCCUCUGGAUUUGUCGGCCAAGAUCACACAAGCCAAGGAGAGUCAGUAUCAACAGCGGGCGGGUUUGCUCACUCUGCAGCGAGCGAGCAGCUGACUCGAACGUGAACAGCAGGCUGCGAGCUGCAGCAGUGUCGUGUGAUGCUGAAGAGCCUUAAUGUAACCUGUGAUAUUUGUCGUGCUGAUAACACGACUGCUGGGUUUCUUUCUAAGCCCUCAAACUGCUCUGACCUCUGACUGAGGACAGAAAGAUGUUUUCUGUGAACAUUUUUGAGAAGAAAAAUGUUCCGGCCAAUUCCAGUGGUUGACUCACUGGAUCCGGGCAUACGAUUUUUCAUUUAGUCCAUUCUGGGCCAUGGGAAACUUUACUUAUUACCUUCUUGUGUCACCAAAAGGAUGCCUGCAGCUCAGCUGUGUUUCAGUCCAAUGAUUUGUCACCACUUUGUUGUGUUUUAAAGUGUUUACGCUUCGUCUCACUCACUUUCUCAUCAGAAAUCUGCCUUAUUUAAGUUUUACCUGUAAACCUUGCGAUCAAUGAUUCAGCAUUAAGGACAAAUCUAGCAUAUGUACGGAUAGUGUUUUUUUUUUAAUGACUAAUUUUAUUACUUCUAUUUCGUUAACAUGAAAUGUUUUCGAACACACGCUCUCUGAUUAAAGAUAUUUUUGAAAGCUUUUUCAGAAUACUGGAAAAAUAAAUCAGCGUUUAAUGAAAGCAGGAAAAAAGAUGACACAUUUUAAAUAAAAAUGUUGGAGGAAAAUCACUUCUGUUUUCACUUCUUAUUAAGCAAAAUUAGACUGGCAGCAGCAGGAUUCACAUCAUUGUUCAGCCUCAGACUUUUAUUUAUUUUUUUAAAAUGUUUUCAGUGUUGGGAGAUUAUUGGUUCACUGCCGUGCUUUGCCUUUCACCCAAUAGUGCUGGAUUUUUUAUAACUACAAAAAUGUUUAUCAGCCCAUAAAAAUAAAUCCAAGUUUUCUUUGAUCUUUACUCAUUUUUCUCAGCUCCUCAGUCCUCCUGCCUGUGACCAGGACUCGAGUCGUUUUUACCCUCGAUGUAUGAAAGACGCGUGACACAGCUGGAACAUACAAACCAAGAAGCUAUUGCUUUGUAUUCAUACAUCUUGAGUUUUUAAUAUGAUCAACAGACUGAUGAUCAAGCUUUCAGCUCCAAGGUGAAGUGUGUAGGAUUUAAAAAACACAAACAAACUGUGAAAUGAAAUGAGCUCUGCUAUUAACACAUCCUCAUCUGAGAUAAUAAACCACAGCUGUAAUAGGCAAUAAGGAAACAAUGGACAUGAUGAAGCUGUAACCACACAAAUAUUUAAUCUAAAAUUCCUGCUCCAAAGCAAACACGUCUCAUUUAGUCAUUUCCCCGUUUCCUCCCCCGUCUUUUCGGCCUGCCACCUCCUCAGAGGGGAGGGAUUAUUGCAAGGGGAGGAAGUGAGGAAAAGAAUGAAGGAUGUAAGAACCGAUAAUUGAGAAGGGCUCGUGUCUAGACUGUUU